CCAGUUUGGAUCUGAUGCUAAAGAAACAAACAUUUUGAAACCGGUCGGUCGCGAGUCGUUUUAUUUAUUUUAUUAAAGUGUUUUUUUUUUAAUAAAUAUUUUAAAUAAAUUUUUUAAAUAAAUAACAACAAAAUUUAAAAACAAUUAAUAAUUGCAAGUGUUAAUUAGAGUUAAAAAAAUUGAAAAUUAAACAAAAAAUCAUGAAGCGAACAUUAAGUUUCGCUUUAAUAUUUUUACAAAUAUUAAUAUUUGUUAAUGCCAGCGGUUUCUAUUCCAUUGUGGCCCCUGGCACAAUACAAUCUCAUUAUGAUUACUCUGUCAGUGUUACUUUGCAUGAAAACUCAGAACCGGCUACAAUUAAAGUAGGCAUAAAGGGACCAUCAUACAAUGAAGAAAAAACCGUCGAAAUCUCGCCCUCCCAUACCGAAGUCGUAAACUUCGAAAUACCUAAUUUAAAAUCAGGCACAUAUCACUUAGAAUCGGAGGGUAUUAAAGGUUUAAUAUUCAAAAACUCUACUGAAUUGAAUUUUAAAAAUAAAGAACCAAAAGUGUAUAUACAAACUGACAAGGCGGUCUAUAAGCCGGGAGAUUUGGUGCAAUAUCGUAUUGUUGUUUUAGAUGAAAAUACAAGACCAGCAAAAUUAGAACAACCCUUGACGUUAGGUUUUAAAGAUGGUGCUGGUAACUUUGUUAAACAAAUCAAAGAUAUUCAAUUAACGAAGGGUGUAUAUACGGGAGAAUUUCAAUUAUCCGAUGAACCAGUUUUAGGUGAAUGGCUAAUGGAAGUGAACUUGGGACCCAAUGAAGAUGAUACUAAAACCGAAAAGAAAUUUGAUGUUGACAAAUAUGUAUUGCCCAAAUUUAGUGUUGAUAUAGAGACCGCAAAGGAUAUUGCCUAUGAAGACACCCUGAAAAUUACAUUACGUUCUAAAUAUACAUAUGGUAAACCGGUCAAGGGUCAAGCUACCAUUACAAUAGAUGCUCAAAAUGGACAACUUAAAACGGAGAAAGUUAUUGAGGUAGAUGGCAAGGGUCAUGUUGAAUUUGAUUUAGAAAAGGAUCUCGGUUUGGAAAAACCCGAUUUUAAUAAUCGCUAUGGCUAUUACUCCUACACACCGCCUAUUAAUGUCUUGGCUGUCAUGACCGAAGAAUAUACUGGCAAUAAACAAAAUAAAACCGCUUCGGUAAAUAUACAUCGUUCACGUUAUAAUAUUGAAGUACCGCAAAAUGUCUACGAAUAUGUUGCCAAUAAACCCUUCGAGUUGAAGGCAUUUGUAAAAAAUCUUGACGGUUCACCGGUACAGAAUGGCAAACAUAUGGUCAAGCUUUCAAUCGGCAAAGAUCGUCAGUAUUAUAAUGAAAAAGAUAAGCCAGAGCCAGUAGAGCAUGAGUAUACUAGUGAUCUGGACGAAAAUGGCAUGGCAUUGUUUAAGGUCACUAUACCUACGGUCGGUUACUAUUACAAUGUUAGAUUGACAUAUGCCGAUCAAACUAAAUAUCUUCCCAGUUUGUCGGGCAAGAAUAAAGAUGAUAAAGUCAAAGAUAAUAAAGAUGGUGAAGAGGAUGUGGGUCCUUUGAAAUUAGUUAAGAAAACCGAUGAUCUUAAACUGGAUCAAGAUGUUGUAGUCGAUGUUAAAUCUAACAAAGAUAUUCCCUAUUAUGUCUAUGCCGUUGUUGCUCGUGGCAAUAUUAUUAAACAAGAAUAUGUUAAAGUACCCGAAAAUAGCAAGUCUCAUGAAAUUAAAUUUAAACCCACAUUUGAAAUGGUUCCCGAAUCACAUUUAUAUGUUUAUUUUGUACUUGAGGGUGAUUUGAAGUUUCAAGAGAUGACUCUUAAUUUCCCCAAAGAAUUUCAGAAUAAGAUUGAAAUCACUGCUCCAAAACAAGUUAAACCUGGCGAAGAGGUUAAAUUGAAUAUUAAAACUGAUCCCGAAUCAUUUGUGGGACUUUUGGGUAUUGAUCAAAGUGUGCUAUUGCUUAAAUCUGGCAACGAUUUAGAUUCAGAGAAAAUAAUCAACGAUUUAAAUUCUUACGCUACUACGACUCCUUAUAUCAAGGGUCACGGCACCUAUCCGGGUAGAACAUCAGGUUUAAUUACCCAAACUAAUGCCAAUUAUCCAUAUUCCCAGGAUGAUUUUCCCAUAUAUUUCCAUAGACCCGUAUUUUUACCAUCUGGAAUGGGUCCUAUAUAUCUUGACUCUGUUACAGAUACUAUAACACUCGGUCUGCCACAACCAACUAUUGCAUUUGCUAGCGCUCCCGAUCUAGAUUUACUAUCCAGCACUAGUCCAGAUCCAAAAAUACGUAAAGAAUUUAUUGAAAACUGGAUUUUUAAUAAUUUAAAUAAUACCGAUAAAAAUGGUUUGGCUACUCUUACCAAAAACAUACCCGAUACCAUUACUUCUUGGGUAGUGACCGGUUUCUCUUUGAACGAUAAGACCGGCUUUGGCAUGGUGGCAAAUCCCACAAACAUUGAAGUGUUCCAACCUUUCUUUGUAAGCACUAAUUUGCCCUAUUCCGUUAAGCGUGGUGAAGUUAUAUCCAUACCCGUAGUAGUCUUCAAUUAUAUGGAUAAAGCCUUAGAUGCUGAAGUCACAAUGGAAAAUACCGAUGAUGAAUAUGAUUUCACUGAAGUUUCGAAUGAAAUUGAGGAAUUAGUUUUAGAGGAGAAGCAACGUGUUAAAAGAGUAACUGUGCCCUCGAAUAGUGGUAAAAGUUUGUCUUUUAUGAUCCGUCCCAAUAAGGUGGGUGAAAUUACUUUGAAAAUUAAAGCCGAAACACCCUUGGCUGGUGAUGCUAUACAUCAAAAACUGAAAGUAGAACCAGAAGGUGUGACACAAUAUGAAAAUCAAGCCGUUUUUAUAACUCCUUCUAAAGAACCCGUAAAGAAAACUCUUGAGGCUGCUAUACCCAAAGAAGCUGUUUUGGAUUCGGAAUAUUUGGAAUUUUCUGUAGUUGGCGAUAUCUUAGGUCCCACCAUUAAGAAUAUUGAUAAAUUAGUGCGUAAACCUUAUGGUUGUGGUGAACAGAAUAUGGUUAAUUUUGUGCCCAACAUUUUAAUUUUACACUAUUUGGAUGCUAUUAAACGUGAGAUGCCGACUGUGGUUCAGAAGGCGAAAAAUUAUAUGGAAAUUGGUUAUCAACGUGAAUUGAACUAUAAACAUAAAAAUGGAGCUUAUAGUGCUUUCGGUGAGGGAAGCAGUGAGCCGAAUAGUUGGCUUACCGCUUACGUGGCACGUUCCUUUAUACAGGCUAAAAAGUAUAUAACCAUUGAUUCGGAUGUCAUUGAUCAAGCAUUACAAUAUGUUGUAUCAACUCAAUUGGAGAAUGGUCAAUUUAAACAGACUGGACGUUUAUUCCAUCCAGCUCAUCAGAAUGAUGUUGGUUUUACAGCUUUUGCAUUGCUGGCCUUUUUGGAAGAUAUGGACUAUUCCAACAAAUACAAAUCGGAAGUCGAAAAAGGUAUUAAGUAUCUGGUGGAUAAUAUUGAAAAAGAAAGCGAUACCUAUGCUCUUGGCCUGGCAGUGGUGGUCCUAAAGAAAGUACAACAUCCUAGUGCUGACAAGCUAAUGGAAAAACUGGAAAAAUUAGCUCAUGAAGAAAAUGGUGUUAAAUGGUGGACAAAAUCGUCAAAGGAUCAUAACAAUGAUAUUGAAAUAACAGCUUAUAUAUUGGAAGCUUAUGUAUACACCGAACCAGCUGGAAAACUGUUACCCAUUAUUAAAUGGUUGAUUGGUAAUCGUAAUAGUAAUGGUGGUUUCGAUUCAACACAAGACACAGUUGUAGGUCUACAAGCUCUUAUCAAAUUUGCUGAGAAGUAUAUUGCUGGGGCAGAUGGUAAAAUGACGAUUAAAUUUGAGGCUCAAGAUGGAGAGGGAAAAGAGACCACAAAGGGUAGUUUUUCGGUAGAUAAAGAGAAUUCAUUGAUUUUGCAAACUCAUGUGCUUCCCAAAUCCUCACGUCAAAUAACAUUAGAGGCCAAUGGUGAAGGUUCAUCACUGGUACAAUUAUCUUAUCGUUAUAAUUUAGCCAACAAAGAUGAUAAACCUAGUUUCUGCAUUAAGCACACAAUUCAAUCAACCGAUUAUCCUAGUCUACUACAAAUGGAUGUUUGCACUGAGUUUGUACCCGGCGCCAAUAGUGAUUUAAAAGAAUCUAAUAUGGCCAUUAUGGAAAUAUAUCUACCAUCUGGAUUUACCGCCGACGCCGAUAAGUUCGAUGCCAUACGUCAAGCCAAACAAGUGCAACGUGUUGAAACUAAGAAUUCCGAUACAGCUAUUAUUAUCUAUUUCGAUUAUCUAACGGCUGGUGAAGAGGUGUGCUUCAAUGUUAAUGCCGAGAAGACUCAUGCCGUGGCCAAGCAAAAGCCCGCCGCAAUCACUAUGUAUGACUACUAUAAUUCUGAUCAACGCGCCACUGUUUACUAUGAAGUCAAGUCGUCGUUGUGUGAUAUUUGCGAAGAGGGUGAAUGUGGUAAAGGCUGUGAAAAUAAAGAUGCCAAUAAAAAGGCAUAAAUUAUAUCAUGUAUUAAUGGAAUAAAUAUUAACAAAUUAAUAACUAA